AUGGCGGACAGCGGCGUGGACAUCGCAUCCCUCACAGCCGACCAGCAAGCCGCACUCCAGCAAUACACCGCCGUUACCGAUCAAGCGACGUCCGACGCGAUACCAAUUCUCCAGCGCGCGCAAUGGAAUGUCAACAUAGCAGUAACCCGCUUCUUCGACGGCGAACCGACCGAAGACCCAGUCGCUGCCGCCGCCGCUCAAUUACCACCGCCCCAAGACAUCCGCCGACAAGAGACACUGUUGAAUGGUUUUGCUUCACCACGAUCCUCAACAAGUAGUGGGAGGAGAGUCAGGAUAGAGCCUGCGCCGAGGGUGGUCCCGCAGCCAGAAAGCCAGGUCACCACACAAGUUCCGCUGGUGCUUGCGAUAUUCUUUGCGCCAUUCUCGCUCGUGUACUCGUUAUUCGCGAAGUCUUUCCGACUAUUAGGCUGGCUAUUCCCCUUCCUACCCCGCGCAUGGGGGAGGGUGACGGCUAGCAAUAUCAACACACCCGCCUCUCAACGCAGCGCAAGCGGACGCCGACCUUUGAACCCACGAGAUACAGCGGCGCGGUUCAUCCGCGAGUUCGAGGAGGAAUAUGGAAGCCACACCCUGCCGUUCUUCGAGAGCGGAUACGCGCAAGCCUUCGAUCUGGCCAAGAAGAACCUACAAUUCCUGAUGGUCGUGCUGGUCAGUCCCGAGCACGAUGAGACGUCUUCUUUCAUAAAGGACACACUUUUCGCACCAGAGGUCGUGGAGUUUGUACGGAACCCCGAGAACAAUAUAAUACUGUGGGCGGGCAAUGUGCAAGAUUCGGAGGCAUACCAGGUUUCUGCUGCGCUAUCGUGCACGAAGUUUCCUUUUACUGGCCUUAUCGUACACACACCGCAAGUGUCGUCGACAGCUAUGGGCAUCGCGGCGCGCGUAGCCGGUCCUACAACUCCACAGCAGUACAUCGCAAAGCUAAGACAGGCGAUGCAGCAACACACAGAGCCGCUGAAUCGCGUACGCAGUCAGCGCGCUGAACAGCAGGCGACAAGGAAUAUCCGAGAACAACAGAACAGCGCAUAUGAACGCUCACUUGCAGCGGACCGAGAAAAGGCGCGCAAGAAGAAGGAGGAAGCGGAGCGGAAAGCCCGAGAAGAAAAGGAAGCACUUGAGCGCGAACAAGCCAUUGAACGAUACGCACAAAACCUCGCCCAAUGGCGCAAAUGGCGCGCCGCAUCAAUUCGCUCUGAGCCCAGUCCCGAGGAAAAGGACAUCGUACGCAUCAGUCUUCGCAUGCCUAAUGCCGAGCGUGUGGUCCGCAAAUUCGCCGCGGAUGCUCAUAUCGAGGAACUCUACGCGUUCGUUGAAUGCUACGAUAUCCUGCAGUCUGAAGAAGGCGCACAGGAGAAGGUCGAAGAGCCAAAGGAUUUUGAGCAUGAGUACAAGUUCCAGCUGGUCAGUCCUAUGCCGCGCGAGGUGUACGAACUCAAGACUGGUGGCACGAUCAAGGAGCGCAUUGGACGAAGUGGUAAUCUGAUCGUUGAGCGGACGGACCUUGAGGAUGAAGAAGACGAGGAUGAGGAGUAA